AGCACUGCAGGAACAUCAGAACUGGUGAAGCCCCAUAGCAGCUCAUUUCAAACAUGCUGGCCAUGUCAUUAGUUGCCUGAGAUACACUGGCAUUGAACAGGUUCAGACAUGCACCACUGUGCCUAGAUAUACCCUUAAAUAGUGUGGCUGCGUACUCCUAACAUAAAUUUAAUUUUAUUUUAUUCUUUUUACUUUUUAAAUGCAUUAACUACAGUAUUAAAUAGGCUAUACAAUCAUUACAAAGUCCUAAUGAUAACAUAUCAAUGUAUAAUAUCAUCCAGUAAUACACUGACAAUUUCCUUUUUAAUUAUUCAGGUUUUUGGCAACAGAGAGGAAGACAUGACACACAUAGGUUGAAUGUGUCCAGAUACAAAGAAAUCCAACAGGGUGAGGCACGUAGGCAGGUCAAAGUCAAAAAUGGUUAUAGACACAGACACUUUUUAGUCAUUUUUAUCAGGAUCGGGAUCUGGAAGCAAUGGCAACUUUGAGGGUUUCGUGGAAGAAAGAGGGAAAGUGGAAACUUAUAAAUAGGUUGAGGAAGAUGAAGAACAAGAAAUGGAUGGACAUUUAGAUACUGGACAUUAACCAAAUAAUUCAAUAUUCUGGAGUUACACCAGCCAUCACUGAGACACAGAGUAAAAAGUAUAUUUUUGUUUGUGUAAGAGUGACCAGAACAAACACAGUCUUUUAGUGUGGUGUAUUUGUGGCUCUCUCUCUCUUUCAUUCUGUCUAAUCGUAGCUCCAAGGCUGAGGACAAUAUUGCUGAUCCUGUUUUUGUUGCUGACUUACACUUGGCUCAAUUCAGUCAAUACAUUUAUGUUGGUACUAAAGUGAAGGAAUCAGGGAUAUAAAUACAGAAAAAAAAGUACUCCCCCAAAUAAGUCAGUAAACAAAAUUACAAUGCCCUCCCCCUUUUCUGACCAGUCCUUCCCCUUUAAGCACUUUCAUUUAGUCCCUUAGUCCGGAGAAGACUAAUGAAAAAGAUGCAUCACAUAGUGUGGCUCCACUGCAUAAUGGCUGUUGCCAUUUCUGUAUCUUUGGCUUUCAACAUUGAUACAACAACCCCCCACGUCUAUACAACAGAUCAAAAAGAUUUCUUCAGAAACAAAGUGCUUCAAAUCAUCUCUGGUAGGAACGAAGGAAUACUCACUGGACCCCAGCAGCUACAGGGAUCCGAAGAAACAUGCAAAUCUGAUACAAACCAAACCCACCAGUGCCUCAUUAUUCCAGACAUUUCUCUCACAGAUACAACAAUACCCAUCAACCACUUUGGCCUGUCGAUAGCUGAAGACUCCAGACGCUCCCAAUUCACUGUUUGCAGUCCAAGUGUCAUCCAUGACUGUUAUGAGAACUCUAGCCAGAGUAAAGUAUGUUACAAUAUGCCAGAUAAUCUUCAGCAGAUCUCCUCUUUCACACCUGAUUUCCAAGAAUGCAUACAAAAGACAGUGGACCUCGUCUUUCUAUUUGAUGGAUCAGCGAGUAUGACUGAAUCAGAGUUCAACAAAAAUAAAGAUUUCAUAGUGGAUAUAAUGAACAGCUUUCUGAACACAUCAAUCAAGUUUGCAGCAGUUCAGUUCUCCUUUGGUUACAGGAAAGUGUUUGACUUCAAUGACUAUCAAGCUGGUAGUGCUCUCAAUAAACUAAUGGAAGAAGGACAUAUGAAGAGUCUAACGGAUACACACAAAGCACUCAAAUUUGUGUUGGAAGAAAUCUUAGAAAAGCCAGAUGCAGGCGCCUCUCCUGAUGCAACUAAAGUUGUGGUACUAAUCACAGAUGGAGAUCCCAGUGAUAUCGACAAAUAUGGAAUUAUUAAAAAAUAUGAUGAUAAAAACAUAAUUCGCUUUGUCAUUGGGGUCAAAGAUGCUAAUCUGGAUAAAUUCAGGGCCUUUGCUUCAGAACCAAAAGACAAAUAUGCCUUCAAAAUUAAGAACUAUGACGGACUCACAGGAAUACUGGAAAACCUUCAAAAAAAGAUCUGUAAAAUGGAAGGCCCUGAAGUGGCUCAGGCAGGAGACAUUGGAUCCAGUGUCCUCUACAAGAUUUGCAGUCCAAGUGUAGCUCAUGAAUGCAAUGAGAACUCCUAUGUGAACAGUGUGUGUUACAAGAUGACAGAUGACCUUAAGCAGAUCUCCUCUUUCACACCGGUUCUCCAAGAAUGCAUACAAAAGACAGUGGACCUCGUCUUUCUAUUUGAUGGAUCAGCGAGUAUGACUGAAUCAGAGUUCAACAAAAAUAAAGAUUUCAUAGAGGAUAUAAUGAAAAGCCUUCUGAACACAUCAAUCAAGUUUGCAGCAGUUCAGUUCUCCUCAGAUUACAGGAAAGUGUUUGACUUCAAUGACUAUCAAGCUGGUAGUGCUCUCGAUAAACUAAUGGAAGAAGAACAUCUGAGGAGUCUUACUAACACACACAGAGCACUCACAUUUGUGUUGGAAGAAAUCUUAGAAAACCCAGAUGCAGGCUCUCCUGAUGCAACUAAAGUCGUGGUACUAAUCACAGAUGGAGAUCCCAGUGAUAGUGACAAAUAUGGAAUUAUUCAAAAAUAUGAUGACAAAAACAUAAUUCGCUUUGUCAUUGCGAUCAAAGAUGCUAAUCCGGAUAUAUGUUGGGCCUUUGCUUCAGAACCAAAAGACAAAUAUGCCCUCAAAAUUCAGAACUAUGACGGACUCACAGGAAUACUCGAAAACUUUAAAAAAAAGAUCCUUCAGAUCAGAGACUCCACAGUGGCUCGGGCAGAAAACAUCACUAAUGAAAUGUCUCGGAGUGCAUUCAGUGCUGUCUUCUACAAGGAUACCUUGAUUCUGGGUUCAGUGCUAUCAAACAGCUGGCAUGGUUCUUCAGAGCUUCAUGAACUAAAGCAAACUCAAAUUGAAGAUCCAAACGUGAAGAAUGACUCCUACCUGGGAUUCUCCAUUUCUGUUGGAGAGAAGAAUAAAGCUCCUAUAUAUUUCACGGGUGCACCAAGAUUUGAGCACACAGGACAGGUUGUACUUUUCAGACAUGAUUGUAAGAACUGGACCGCAGCCCAAAGAGUAAAUGGGGACCAGAUUGGUUCCUACUUUGGUGCAGAACUGUGCUCAGUAGACGUCAACUCAGAUGGUAACACCGACUUCCUGCUGGUGGGAGCUCCACUGUUUUAUCAGCCUCAGGAGAAGAGAGAGGGCCGGAUAUACGUCUACACACUGACUGAUGAGAUACAACUGAAAAGGGAACUGAAUGUGACGGCACCAUCCAUGGGCAGAUUUGGCACCACCAUAUCCAGUCUUGCAGAUCUGAAUGGAGAUGGACUUAGAGAUGUUGCUGUUGGAGCCCCUCUUGAGGAUGAUAAUGGGGGGGCUGUGUACAUCUACCUUGGUGACAGACAGAGAGGGAUACACAGCACUUUCAGUCAGAGAAUCCUGGGACAGAAAAUAAAGCCUGGGCUCAGAUUCUUUGGACAGGCCAUUGAUGGAGACAUCGACCUCGGAGAAGACGGACUCCCAAAUAUUGUAAUCGGAUCACAGGGCACAGCUGUUGUCUUAAGGUCCAGACCUGUUGUUGAUGUCAUUGUUCAUCUUUCUUUGCAUCCCGAGAAGAUAAACACUAAGGAAAUUGACUGUCUGGGCAACACAGAUGACAAUCUACCAAGCGUUACCUUAAGAGCAUGCUUUGAAAUGGUAGAAAUAACAAAGAGCAAAGCAGGGGCCAUCAGCUCAGGACUAAACAUCUCGUACAUCCUCGACGUGGAUCCGAUGAGACAAACACAUCGAGGUUUCUUCAGUCAGACUGAUGAGAAAGCUAGGAAUCUUACCUCGACCUACGAGCUGCGAGAUAAAAACACCUGCUUCCCCUACACCAUCUACAUGCUAAAAUGUGUGGAUGACACACUAUCACCCAUCAGCAUCAGACUAAACUUCUUCCAAAUUGACAGCGAGAGCGCGAGUGUCGUCCUGAACGUGGACAGCAUAAGGCAGACAGUUGUUGAAGUACAGUAUGUACAGUGACUACAGCAGAAGGUGUCUGUGUGGUCAGUAUUUGAAUAGAUGUAGUUGUUUAAUCAGUUUAAUAAGAGUUGUCUAGAGGGAUCUAAAGAAAAAAGAAAAACAAAUGCAAAAAUAACAAUAAUUUAGUUUUUUCUGUCUGCAUGACCACUUCUUUCUGACUUGCUCUCCAUUUUAAGUGACCUAAACAGAAGUUACAACUCUCUUACAGGUUCCCUUUCAAAAGUGAUGUUGAAUAAUGAAACCUUUAUUGGUGAACCUGAGACUGAUUUCAAGUAUGCACAUCUGACAAAUAGCAAGGGAGAAGCAUGGCUGGAAGAGUGAGUCAAAAGGACAAGAACUGAAAUUACUCAUUAAUUAAAUUAUUAAUAAAACCAUACCUGUGAUGAAGUGAAAUAAUGAGUAUAUUACUAUUCCACUGUACUCAUGUUAGUGUAUUCCUACAUAUACAGAACAUUGCACUAGUCUCUCAAAUGUACGAUCAAAGCUAGGCCAUCACUUCUUACAACACAUUCAUGUUAAGAAAUCUUUGUAAUCAUGUAUAAUCAGUGUAGAUCACAAGUGUUUGUAUGUAAAUAUAUGCACAGCUUAUAAUGUUUGUGGUGUAGAGUUGAUGGAAUGUACUCAUUUGUUAUAACGUCUGUUGUGUUCAACAAUGUAUGGCAUCAAAAGAAAAACCUUCAAAGUUGUGAGUACUCUUUAUCCUGCUUUAGUGUAUAUACCAGCACACAUCCGGAUUUAAUGCUACAUAUUUGACUCACUAAUAAAAAAUCUUCAGAAAAGACAAAAA